AUGACAGACUCUGGUGACGUUGAUAGUGGUGGUAGUUCCUCCGUGGUGGUAGUCUCCAAGAUAACUCCCGAGGAUCUGAAGUUUGAUAAGGACGGAGUGAUAAUCAUCUCGGAUGAGGAAUCUCGUUUGGAUGCUCUGGACGACUUUAAUCAUCCUAGGAUUCGACGAUCCUACAUUCUCCGGGCAUUUCAAAAUGCUGCAAAAUCUUCUUCCUUAUCCAUUUCCUUUGAGACUCCUUCUUCUUCAUCGGAAUCCUCAUUAUCCUUACAAGAAUUGUACAAGGAUACCCAGAAUGUGGCCUUGUUGAAGUUUUUGGAGUCUGCGUGGCAACAAUGGAGUGAUCUAGGCGAACAGGGUCGCGAUCCCAUGGCCUCCUUGAAUAGCACGACGACACAAAAUGACAAGAAGAUAGACAAUACCCACACUAAUAGCAUUCCGGCAUUGAUCCCUGGAAAUACCCCGCUUCCACGAGACCCCCACCAACGACCCAGUCGAAACGUCAUGGGACAAAUGGGAUAUUACUGUACCGACAAUUGUACUCCCAUCUUUGGACAACUACUGUCGGAACUACAAGAAGAUGCCGCCAUUGUACAACACGCCUUACAAUUGGCGACGUCUCAGCCACAAGCCGUCGUCUAUGCCAUUCCCACGCAUCCCGGUCAUCAUGCCGCCACCGAUUCCUUUGGUGGAUAUUGUUACCUCAAUCAAGCCGCCCAUGCCGCCCAGACACUCUUACAACAACAAAACGCCUAUGAAAGAGUGGCCAUUCUCGAUAUCGAUUAUCACUGCGGCAAUGGUACGGCAUCCAUCUUUUACAAUCAUCCACACGUCCUGGUGGCGUCCAUUCAUUGUCAUCCCGAUCACGAUUAUCCCUUUCACAGUGGCUUUACCGAGGAUAACAAUGAAACCACCUAUCAUGCUCCACUGCCUCCUGGAGCCACGUGGGAACAACACUACCAACCCGCCCUCGCUCAGUGUUUGGACCGGAUCUUCGACCAGUUUCAAGCACACGCCCUCAUUGUCUCGAUGGGAUUGGAUACCUUGCAGGGAGAUCCCGUCACACUGCGACGGGCGGGAUUUGCCAUGACACCGCCCGAUUACACACCCCUGGGUCGCAUGAUUGGGAGUAGACUGCACGGCGCUACUAGUAGUAUCCCUUGUUUGGUCCUGCAAGAAGGGGGAUACAAAAUGAACGAAUUGGGACCAGCGGCGGCCGAUGUGGUACUGGGGAUUGCCGAAGCACGACAGCAACAGACCAAGGAGUUAUCAUAA